CCCAUUGGAAUUGAGGAAAGACGCAUUCAGGACAUCGACUCAUAACUCGCCACUCUCCUUCACGUUUACUAGUUCACGCCAAUUUUUGCUUCUCGACGGAUCAGCUUGGCACACAAUUCAAGCGUAGACUUUCUUUGUGUACAUUCAGUCAUCUGAAUUUACUUAUUUAACGAAAACCUCCCGUUAGAGAGGAUUAGUGUUGAGUCGAAGUGGAUUUUCACGGCUAGCCUUCAGCUACGGAAAAAAACAACAAACCCGGAGCGCGAUUAUUUAUUUUUCUGACUGGCAAAACCCUGCGUAUAAACAACCAAACAACCUUUUUUUACUUCCAUGGACGACGAAAAAAAACACUUAUAAUGCUUUAUAGCUAAAACACUUUUUAUUUGAUCGAAAAUAGUCUCUUUUUUGAGGACAUUGUCAUUUCCUCGCUAAGCUAGCAACUCCAGACAAAGAAAAACAGCUUUCAUUGCCUCAUCACAUCUUUUCGCCCCUUUUGAGUAACAAAGCCCACUUUUUGAGUCUAGUUGGGUAGAAAUAAAGCAGGAAUGGCCCAGCAGAGCAGUACUCAGGUCGCCAGCUCACAGAAAGCUUUGAUGCUGGAGAUGAAGUCUCUACAGGAGGAACCAGUGGAGGGUUUCAAGAUCACUUUAGUGGAUGAAGCUGAUCUCUACAACUGGGAAGUGGCGAUUUUCGGACCCCCAAACACUCACUAUGAAGGGGGCUAUUUCAAGGCUCGCAUCAAGUUCCCGAUCGAUUACCCCUAUUCCCCACCCACAUUCAGAUUCCUCACCAAGAUGUGGCACCCCAACAUCUAUGAGAACGGGGACGUGUGUAUCUCCAUUCUGCAUCCUCCAGUAGAUGAUCCACAGAGCGGAGAGCUUCCCUCAGAGAGGUGGAACCCCACACAGAACGUCAGAACUAUACUGUUGAGUGUCAUCUCUCUACUGAACGAACCCAACACGUUUUCUCCAGCCAACGUGGACGCCUCCGUCAUGUACCGCAAAUGGAGAGACAGUAAAGGAAAAGACCGGGAAUACGCAGAAAUCAUUAGAAAACAGGUUCUGGCCACUAAAGCCGAGGCAGAACGGGACGGAGUAAAAGUCCCCACCACCCUGGCGGAGUAUUGCAUUCGCACACGCGCCCCUGCACCAGACGAGGGGUCCGACCUGUUAUAUGACGAUUACUAUGAUGAUGAGGACUUGGAGGAUGAGGAUGGCGAGGACUGUUGCUAUGACGAGGAUGACUCCGGAAACGAGGAAUCAUGACAACAUUCCCAUUACCAUCUUCUUUCUCGGCUUCAUCAGCAUCACCCCGAAAGAGGAAACGUUAAGGCAUGCGCCCUGCAUUUACACUCACUCAGAUGGCCAUUUUUGUUUCCUUAAAGGACUUAAAUGAGAUUUCGUUGUUUUUUUUUGUUUUUUUUUAAAUAAGAAUUAUGUUGUUUUCCCUCCGUGUCAUAAUUGUGCUGGCCUUCAGGCUUUUCUCCAGUCUGUUCUUUUAUUAUUUCUUUGCUUUGUGCUUUCAGAUAGCUCUGUGAAAGUUACUUCAAAAAGGACAAAAAAAAAAAAAACGAGCCUGACUGAAUUGAGGAGUGAUUCUUUGAAUGAGGCUUUGUGCUGAAUCACGCUGAUUGUUACUGAUUUUUUUAAUUUUCUUAGAGUGACCCACGUUCACUUUUUUGGCCUUCAAGCACAUCUGAGCAGCCCAGCAAUAAAACAUUACAACUUUGGGGGCACGGUUUGAGUUCACCCUUCAUUUGAGUAGUAAUUACGUUAAAGGGAAAGUUCACCCAAAAAAUGACAAUUCUAUCUUCAUUUACUCACCCUCCUGUCAUUCCAAACCUGUAUGACUUACUUUCUUCUUUGAAACAUAAGAUGUUUUGAGAAAUGGAAGUCAAUUGUCACCAAAUCAACAUUCUUCAAAAUACAGGUUUGGAACAAAUGAGGUUAAGUAAAUGACAGAAUUUUCAU